UCCCCCGGCGUCCCCACGGCAGGGGCAGGCGCGGCGCGGAGCUGGGCGGGCGCGGGCGCGGGCGCUGGUGGGCGAGCGGGCGGGCGGACUCGAGGCCGCGGGAGGGAGGGAGGCUGCGACGCUGCGUUGGGUCGCGCUCGGCUGAGAGGCGGCGGUGGCCGCAUCAGCGCUGACGUGGAGCGACGUGGGCCGGCGCCGGUCCCGGUGGGGCUCGUCGUCCCACCUCCUCGCGUCCGUAAACUGUGACGAGGCCCGCUACGUAAAUCGCUUCGCGGCCGGAUAAAUAAAGAAGAAAACGGGAAGGAGCGAAGCAUUGAUCACAGAUGUCUUAAUAAUGAGCAAAUGUGGCAGGAAAAAAUAUAUCAAGACAAAUCUAAGACAAAUGACCAUGGAAACAAUUGACUCUCAGCAGGAUGGAAGUAUACCAGAUUCUGUGGCAGAGAGCGAAUCUGCUCACAUGCAGACGCAGACUGGUCAAAAUUCAAUCCCCACUUUAGCUCAGGUUUCUGUAGCUGGAUCAGGCACCGGAAGAGGCUCCCCAGCUGUAACUCUAGUACAGUUACCUUCAGGCCAAACUGUACAUGUGCAGGGAGUAAUUCAGACACCACAGCCAUCAGUGAUCCAGUCACCACAAAUACAGACUGUUCAGGUAGCAGCAAUUGCAGAGACAGAUGAGUCUGCAGAGUCAGAAGGUGUGAUUGAUUCUCAUAAACGUAGAGAAAUCCUUUCACGGAGACCCUCUUACAGAAGAAUACUGAAUGAACUUUCCUCUGAUGUGCCUGGUGUUCCCAAGAUUGAAGAAGAAAAAUCAGAGGAAGAAGGAACGCCACCUAAUAUCGCUGCUAUGGCAGUACCGACUAGCAUAUAUCAGACUAGCACGGGGCAAUACAUUGCUAUAGCCCAAGGUGGAACAAUCCAGAUUUCUAACCCAGGAUCUGAUGGUGUUCAGGGACUGCAGGCAUUAACAAUGACAAACUCAGGAGCUCCUCCGCCAGGUGCUACAAUUGUACAGUACGCAGCACAGGCAGCAGAUGGCACUCAGCAGUUCUUUGUCCCAGGCAGCCAGGUGGUGGUUCAAGAUGAGGAAACUGAACUUGCCCCAAGUCACAUGGCUGCCGCCACUGGUGACAUGCCGACUUACCAGAUCCGAGCUCCAACUACUGCUUUGCCACAGGGAGUGGUGAUGGCUGCCUCGCCGGGAAGCCUGCACAGUCCCCAGCAACUAGCAGAGGAAGCAACACGUAAACGAGAGCUGAGGCUAAUGAAAAACAGGGAAGCCGCCCGGGAGUGUCGCAGGAAGAAGAAAGAAUAUGUCAAAUGUCUUGAAAACCGCGUGGCUGUGCUUGAAAACCAAAACAAGACUCUGAUUGAGGAACUCAAGGCCCUCAAAGAUCUUUAUUGCCAUAAAGCAGAGUAACUGUCUUUGACUUGGACCUUGUUUGCUCUGAAUUCUAAUCAAGGCAGGACAUGCAGCAGUCCUACUAAUUGCCAUGUGGACUUGUGCAAGGGACACUUGUGACCCUUAAGAACCCAGUUUGGCUUAGUGUUUGACAUUGCGUUGGGAAUGUUGUCCCAGGAUUUGGAAUGCAACCAUGAUCACAUUUACCGAGCUUACUUCCGCCUCCCCGUCCGUAGCAUGCAUGCGAGAAAAAAAAAUGUUUUGUUUGCCCUUUUGCUUCUACUUUCUUUCAGGGAAGCUGCUAAAGAAUGUCGACGUCGGAAGAAAGAAUAUGUCAAAUGUCUGGAGAGUCGAGUUGCAGUGCUGGAAGUUCAGAACAAGAAGCUCAUAGAGGAACUGGAAACCUUGAAAGACAUUUGCUCUCCUAAAACAGAUUAGUAGAAAUAUUUAACUAUGAACUGAUCGCAACAUGUACAGUUGCUUUUGAAGGCAAUACAAUAUAUAGCCGGCAAGAAUUAUGGCUUUGUUUUCCUCCUUUGUAUCAUUCAUCAUAUUUUCUAAUCUCUAACAUUCCCAAAUUGCUUCACUGUACGUAGCUAACUCUUAGCUGUAACUUCAAUUUUUUUUGAGACAAACUGUUAAAAAAAAAAAAAGUAUGUAACAAAUUCUUAAAAUGCAAUAUUUGUAAGACUUGUUCCAAUGCCACAUAUUUGCAGUUCCCAAUCUCUGUGUCACGAAUAGUGUCCUAUGCAAUAAAAAUUUUUUGCAGGUCUUU